ACUUCCUGAUUCUAGUUUUGAAUGUAUUUUCAACAACAAAAAAAGUUAACUGAGAUAGGAUGGUGGGGGUAAGAUGAUGACUCUUUACAACCUCCCCAUAUAUCCCCUGAUUAAAAACAAUUCAAACCAUCCUGUAAUAAUCUAAUAAUGGGUGGUUGUUUCGUAUAGCAACAAUGCGCUUAUUGGCAAAAACCGAAGCAGGUACUAUUAAGAGAGGCGGAUAACGAAAUGGGAGUGGCGGCGGCAACUCCAGCAGCCAUUGAGCGGAAGAUUUGUAAUCUGUCACAGAGCUGCGGAGCCGCUGGCUUACUCAGAGGAGCCACCGACAAAGAGAGAGUCAGCGAGGCGACACGCAGGGGAAGGUCCCGGGGCUGACUUUCCUCGCCUCUCCACGAUGCUCGCCCGGUGUCAGCGCCGCCUUUUUUAACGCAAAUCCCGUCUGAACUUACCUUAUCCCAACCGGGAGGACAGUUCAAUCUUCACAACCUCAGUUUCAGACGCCGAGACGGCUCUCCUGAAGGACGAAUGACUCCACCGGCUCCCCUCCUGAUUUCAUUCUGCUAAAAGCUCCUGAGCGGGAGGCGACAACAGUUUCUUCAUGGCGUCCCCGCAACAGUCAAGAAUUCAGUCUUAUCUGGAGAGGAAUAAAAUCGGACCACUCUUUGAGGAGUUGAUGACCAAGCUGAUAACUGAGACUCCAGACCAUCCAAUCCCAUUUCUUAUUGAUCACCUGCAGACCAAGCAAGACAGCCCGGGCAAACUGCACAGAGCUUUCUCUGGAUCAGCAGCUCUGUGGGCACAGAGUUCCCCAGAAAACAAAAACACUCGAAGAGAAUACAGCAACUUUGAGAAGCCAUGGCAGAUUACUCCAAAGAAACCAAAAAAGUCAAAGAGUGACCUGGCUGUGUCGAGCAUCUCUCCACCGUCACCAGAAUCCAAAUCUUUGCCGCGAUCAGUGGAGUGCCCGUCCUGGGACUGGAGGGAGAGCCGGGACUUUGAUGAGCUCAGCCACAUCUUGCAGGAGAGCAAAAAGCUUGGCAAAGCCCUGGAGAGCCUGUCACGAAGCAUUGCCAUCUCAGAUGAGCUUGACCAGCAUUUUCUGGGGUACAACGCAGUUCAGCGUCCCCGGGUGGUGGGCGAGUGGGUCGGUCGCGAGGACACAGACGCGGACCCGCUGGCUGCCGAGAUGCUGCACCCUCCCUUCCCCCGAGCUAAAACCGAAGUGUGCUGGAGCGGAGAGAACAGCCCUGUUCGAAGCUUGAAGAUGGAAACAAAAAGCAAAGGGCUAAAGGAGCAGCAGCAACAUCACAAGAAGCUCUUGGCAGCCAUGUUGUCCCAGGACUCCUUUGAUUCGGUCAACAGUCCCGCCUCCUCUGUCGUAGAGGAAGAGAUUGAGGACGAAGACGAUGCCAUGGAACUUCUGGAGGACCUGGAUGACCUGCGGAUGGAGGGCGUAACGGGGCUGGCCCCGUCCGGCAACAAGUUCAGUCAGGGACGCAGCUCCUAUCAGUCUGAACCACAGGCCAAAGUUACCCUCAACAUCUGCUCUAGGUGUGCAAGAAAACUCUCAAGUCUGACAUAAAUACACAUCUGUCCAGAGCAGGCAUGAACAGAGGCCAGACAUAAGUUUGAAUAGUUGGAACGGUGUCGGAAGAUCAAGACCACCAAGACGUAUCCGGCCUGAAAGCGCAUUGUGGGAGACCAGUAGAGUGUUAAAUGAUUAAAACUUUUUACACAUUUAGAAAAUAAUAAUGCCAUCAAUUUAUUAAAGCAGAUUUGAUUCCUUGUUACACUUGCAGAAAUGGAUGAGGGUGCUAAAACUGUCUGGGCAGCUCAGUGUGGUAUGAAAAAUGCUUCAAGGAUGUAAACAAAGAAAGUUAACUUGCUUUUAUUGCCUGUUACAACCGAGGUUAGCAUUAAAAGUUCUCUCUCAGGCUUCUUGUAGUUGAAAAUGUGUUAACAACCUAACACUUUAACUAACUGCACUAUGUUUUCGUUUAAUGAUUACAGUACUUUUAUUCAGUCAACAGCACAUGAUAGUUACUGUAUUAUUUUUGACAAAGACGCUUUUUAAGUAUAAGUUGAGUUCAUUUUCGGUGCGUAUAUAUUUAAAGUACAUUACGAAACAGGUUAAUUUGAAUGAACUGAUAAGUAUUAAUAUUCUGAGUAGGGUCACAUUUUUGAAUGGUAAUGCACAAAACUGCAAAUUACAUUGGAAACAUACAUGAUACAUGGGUAACCAGAUACUGGCCACCGAACUGUCUGCUUAGAAAAACUUUGGCAUGUUUGAAUGAAUUUUGUUGACUCCUUCCUGCUGUAUGUAUUAGCCCUUUUUUUUUAAAUAAACACCUUUCAAUGACGACU